AUGACUAUGUUAUGCCAAAAGAAGCCAGGUAGAAAAAGAAUAAGACCUUCAGAUGAUAUUUCAGGGAUUUGUAUUUUGAUGAUUUUAUACAUUUUGCAGGGUAUACCUAUUGGUCUAGCUGCAUCUAUUCCAUUUAUGUUACAAUCAAGUUAUUAUACCGGAAGUUAUCAAGCACAAGCUACAUUUUCAUUGGUAAUCUGGCCAUUUUCAUUCAAAUUAGCUUGGGCUCCAAUCAUUGAUUCAAUUUAUAGUACACAUAUUGGACGUCGAAAAACAUGGCUUAUUCCAACACAAUAUGCUAUUGGAAUUGAAUUAAUUAUUUUAGCCAAUUAUAUAAAUAGUUGGUUAGGACGUGAUCCAAAUAAUCCAUGGAGUCCAUUGGGUACACAUCAUCCAGUUGAUAUUAUACGUUUAACAGUUGCAUUUUUCGGAUUGACAUUCCUUGCUGCAACACAAGAUAUCGCUGUAGAUGGAUGGGCUAUAUCAAUUCUAUCCAAAAAAAAUCUAGGUUGGGCAUCUACAUGUAAUGUUGUUGGACAAACAAUUGGAUAUGUGACUGCAUUCAUUCUAUUUUUAUGUUUAGAAUCACCUAAUAUUUCAAAUAGCUAUCUUAGAUGGACACCUAUUGAAGGUAAAGGGUUGAUUACAUUUUCUGGUUUUCUUUAUUUUUGGGGAAUUACAUUCAUGGUAACUAAUACAUUCUUAGUAUUAUUUAAACAUGAAAAUGAAUCAAAAUUAGAUACUGAAUUUAGAAAUUGUUUGAAUAAUUUAUUUAAUAAAAUAUUCAAACGAAAAACACUCAAUGAAUCUCAUUGUUUAAAUCACCAUUGUAAACAUGGUAACAAUAAUAAUAAUAAUAAUAGUAAUUUAAUUCCUAAUGUUGAUAUUAUUCAAGAAUCUAAAAAUUCUAAUUCAUUAUAUUGUGAAUAUAAUCAUGAAGAAAUUGAUAAUAAUAUUGAUCAUUCAAAAUUAUCAUUAAAAUCAAUAAAUUUAUAUCCAAUAAAAAAUCAAUAUUUACAAGAAAAUCAUUUAAUCAAUGAUACAAUCAAUCUUGAAUUAAUUUGUAAAACAAAUUCAAUUUCAAAUAAUGUAACAAAUUAUCCUAUCGAUUGUAUGAAAACAAAAUCAAAUAAUGUAAAUGAAUAUUUAAUCGAUUGUCAUCAUAAUAAUGAUACCAUUGAAAUGAAUCAACAAAAUUAUAAUAAUAAAAAUAUAUCUAAUCAUAAAAAUAAAAAAGAAUUAUGUUUAUCACUUGUGGAUACAUAUCGUAUUAUGUUUGGUGUAAUACGAUUAAAACCUGUUUGGCAAUUUUUAAUUUUAUUAACUACUGUUAAAGUUUGUCUUGCUGCUCCAGAAACAAUUUUCAGUUUAAAACUAAUUGAACAUGGAUUUCCAAAAGAACGUUUAGCACUUUUUGGUGUUCUGCUAAUGCCAAUACAAGCUAUAUUGCCAUUAUUAAUUACACGUUGGACUAAUGGGCCAAGACCAUUAGGAGUAUUCAUAAUUGCAUUCUUACCAAGAUUAUUGGUGACCUCGUUAACGAUUCCUAUUGUUUAUUAUACACCAUACUUUAGAAUUAUUCAGCCUAAUCAAACUCAAAUUCAAUUUAUUCAGCUAAACAGAAGUGAUUUAAAUAAUAUCACUGAUACAACUAAUUCAACAGAAAAUUAUACAGCAAAUACAGUUAAAGAUAUGACAUAUUCAUUUACUUGGUUAUUCUAUAUACUUUUAUUAAGUAAAUUAUUUGUUUACUCAAUUAUAUCAAGCAUAAUGAUGGUUGUACAGGUAGCAUUUCAUGCUAAAAUUAGUGAUCCAGCUGUUGGUGGAACAUAUAUGACUUUGUUGAAUACAGUAUCUAAUAUCGCUGGUAGUUUGCCCAGUACUGCUUUCCUUUCGUUAAUCGAACCGUUAACUAAACGUGCAUGUAUUUUGAAAGAAUUCAAUCAAACAAUUAUUCAAGGUAUCAAUUCAAAUAAUUCAUUAUUGAAUAACACAACCAAUAAUGAUAAUUAUAACAAUAGUUAUACAUUUUUUGAUAAAGAUAAAUUAGUCCAACAAUAUAAUGCAACAUGUAAACUACCCCAUGGAAUUAAAGCCUGUGAAACUCUUCAUGGAACAUGUGUUACACAAUUAGAUGGAUUUUAUAUAGAAGUGGGAUUAUCAGUUCUAUUUGGUUUAAUUGUUUAUCCAUUUUUCUUAUAUCCAAUGGCUAGCCGAUUAGAUAAUUUGCCAAGUUCAGCUUAUUCAUUUCGAUUAACUGGUACUGGAUGUUGUCCACGUCGGACACGAGGUAAAAUUCCUAUAAAUGAAAAUGAAACUGAAUGUUCACAAUUGAGCACUUUAUAAAUAUUCUUAUUUAUUUUCCUUCUAGAAAAGUUCUUUCAUUAUAAAUAAAAUAUUGAUACAAGAUAAAGAAUUUAAUAUUGAAUACUCUUUUGCUUAUUUGUUAUUCGGAUCAAUGCCAUCAUUUUAAAAUUAAUUAUCUGUAUCCUUACCAACUGUGAUGAUUUCUUAGUUUUAAUGUUCAGUUAUUAAAUAUAACUAUGAUGCAUUAUAAUUCUAUCCUCGCAUUAUCCCUGUCUCUGUGUGUGUAUUUGUAUAAGUGAAGUAUCCUUCCAAUUUACAUUUUAUUCAAUCUAUUACAUACAUGAUCUCAUACUUUUGAUAUUACUUCAACAAUAUGACCACAUAUGUAAAUCUUAUACAAUGAAAUAAAUUUUAAACAUUCAUAUUUACUCUUGUUACCAUGUUUAUUUAACAUAGAAACAAUGAAAUUAGUACAAAUUAUUAUCAUUCAAAUUCAAUUACUUAUCAGUUUGAUUUUAAUAUAUAAUUUUUAUUGAAUUUUCAUAUGUAUAAUCUUGUAUAAAUAUGAUUUCAAUUUGUAUAACAAUAACUAUAAAAUAAAGAAAAAAAGUUUAUUUUAUUGUGGAAAAA